AUGGAGGGAGGGGAACCAGCUCCGCAUCGUCUCCUGACGGUUGCCUUCAAGAUGUACUUGGGAAUCACCCCGAGUGUGGCCUGUCACAACUCAAGCAGACAUGAAUUCUCCCUGAUUCUGGACAAGAACCCCCUGGCAGAGUUUGUGGAGGAGCUCCCUGCGGGUCGACCUGCGCUGUGCUACUGCAACUUACUGUGUGGCAUCAUCAGAGGAGCCCUGGAGAUGGUUCAUUUGGCUGCUGAUGUUACAUUCUUGCAAGACAGACUAAAAGGCGACAGUGUGACAGAAAUUGGAAUAACAUUUCUAAAAAAGCUGGACGAGAGAAAAUAUAGACGGAAAAAAUGAAGACCGGCAGUCAGAGCGCCGGUAGCUAGCUGAACAGCAAGUAUUAGCCAAGCACACAGCCACAGAAGUUUUGCAUUGCCUGAUGGCAUGGGCUUUGACAGGCUUAUGAAUCUUAAUGUGCAUCACACGUUUUCAGGAUUUCAGACACAAAUAGCUCCUUAUAAAACAGCAAGCAUGAAUUCCACAUAUUACUCAAUCCAGCCUCAGCCAGUCUCUCUAUCCAAAUACCUGUGGCAAUCGGAAAAAAAUGGAUGAAAUGAUACAGCAUUAAAGAGAGAG